CCCAGAAUGCAUAGCGAACCCCGCCCCGGGCUCUGAUUGGCUGCGUUCCUCCUGUGCUUGACUGAAGGUGAAGCAGCGCAGUUCGGGUCACGGACCCGUCCUCGUCUCCAUAAUGUGGUCCAGUGGACUUCCGCGGUCACUCCUCUGCAGACAGCAGACCCAGAAUCUCCUCUCCAGGACAUGCACGACCUCCUCUGCUCUUCAGGAGGUGGUCAUCGUCAGCGCCGUCCGCACUCCGAUGGGUUCUUUCAAAGGCAGCCUGGCGGCGGUUCCGGCCACCAAACUGGGCUCUGUGGCCAUCAGAGGCGCCGUGGAGCGAGCAGGAAUCUCUCCUGAAGAGGUGAAGGAGGUCUACAUGGGGAACGUGCUGCAGGCCGGACAGGGUCAGGCCCCCACCCGGCAGGCGCUGCUGGGAGCAGGCUUGAGCCUCGGGACCCCCGCCACCACCAUCAACAAAGUCUGUGCGUCCGGGAUGAAAGCCGUCAUGAUGGCUGCCCAGAGCCUGAUGUGCGGUCACCAGGACGUGAUGGUGGCUGGCGGCAUGGAGAGCAUGUCCAACGUCCCGUACGUGAUGGCCAGAGAGACCCCCGCUUACGGGGGGGUGAAGAUGGAGGAUCUGAUCGUGAAGGACGGACUCACAGACGUCUACAACAAGUUCCAUAUGGGGAACUGCGCGGAAAACACGGCCAAGAACAGCCGCAUCAGCAGAGAGGAGCAGGACGCCUUCGCCAUCAGCUCGUACAGCCGCAGCAGAGCGGCGUACGAGGCCGGCGUGUUGGCCAAGGAGAUCGUUCCCGUCAGCAUCCCUCAGAAAGGGAAGCAGGAGGUGGUGGUGUCGGAGGACGAGGAGUGGAGGCGCGUGGACUUCAGCAAGGUCCCCAAACUGAGACCGGUGUUCCUGAAGGAGAACGGCACAGUAACUGCUGCAAACGCCAGCACUCUGAACGACGGUGCCGCGGCUCUGGUGCUGAUGACGACGGCGGCGGCGGGCCGCCUGGGUGUGAAGCCACUGGCCAGGAUUGUUGCCUUUGCAGACGCUGCCGUCGCUCCGGUCGAUUUCCCCAUCGCGCCCGCCUUCGCCGUGCCAAAGGUGCUGAAGGCUGCAGGCCUGAAGACAGACGACAUCAGCAUGUGGGAGAUCAAUGAAGCCUUCAGCGUGGUGGUCUUAGCCAACAUCAAGAUGCUGGACCUCGACCCCGGUAAAGUCAACAUCCACGGGGGGGCCGUCUCUCUGGGACACCCCAUUGGGAUGUCUGGAGCGAGGAUCGUGGGUCACAUGGUCCACAACCUGACGGCUGGUCAGUUCGGGCUGGCGAGCAUCUGCAAUGGAGGAGGCGGAGCCUCUGCCAUUCUGAUUGAGAAACUAUGAAGAUAGACGUUGAGUUGGCGCGUCUGUUACGGCUGCAGCAGCCUGAAGUCACACUCCUUUGUUUUUGAGUUUCAUGUUUGAGAAAUAAAGACUUCUAGUGAGAAA